GGAGACGCAGUCCAGGAGGUGACGGACGGGACCACAAGAUUGCACGGACGGGACCACAAGAUUGCACGGACGGAGCCACAAAUCGGACAUGAUCGGGACUCGUCGCGCUUGCCGCCGCCGCCACGCAACAUCCUACCAAGGAUUUAGUGUGCAGGUUUCCUCGGAAGAAUUUUCAUCCCAGAUGACGUCAUCCGCUUCGAAACGCCAAUGAACUCCAACGGCAGCAAUGCGUCGUCGGGAGGUCCCUCGGAGGGCAGCGGCGCGGCGGGCGGCGGCCUGUGGGUGACGUCCCUGCUGGGCGCCACCCUGACGCUCAUGUGGCUCCUGGGCACGGCGGGCAACGCGUACACGCUGGCCAUCACGCGCUCGGCGGCGCUGCGCCGCACGGGCUCCGUCUACAUCUACGUGGCCAACCUGGCGCUGGCCGACCUGCUCUACCUGUCCACCAUCCCCUUUGUGGUGGUCACCUAUUUUGCCCACGACUGGCUCUUCGGGGACGCCGGCUGCCGGGUGCUGCUCAGUCUGGACCUGCUCACCAUGCACGCCAGCGUCUUCAUCCUGGCGGCCAUGAGCUUGGAGCGCUACCGCGCCGUGGCGCGGCCCAUGAGCGCCCGCGACUCGUCGCCGCGCAGCCGCAAGAUGGCGGCGGCCGUCAUCUGGGCCACGGCCUUCGCGCUCACUCUGCCCAUGAUGGUCAUGAUCCGACUCAGGCGGGACAAGCCGUCUCCGGACGGCGCGGUGAAGCGGAUGUGCUUCCCCACGUGGACCCGGGAGGCCUUCAAGGCCUACGUGGGCGUCCUGUUCCUGACCAGCGUUCUGGUCCCGGGUCUGGUCAUGGUGUCGCUGUACGCGGGCCUCGCCAGGCGCUACUGGGCCACGCAGGCCCGGCUGGCGGGACGCGGCCGCUCGGCCCGCCGGCGGGGCCUCAAACAGCGUGUGGCCGUCAUGAUCUUCAGCAUUGUGCUGGCCUACUGGGCCUGUUUCCUGCCCUUCUGGGGCUGGCAGCUGACCCAGCUCUUCUCGCCGGAGUCCCUCAAGGCUCUAUCCCCGGCCACUCACAACUACGUGAACUUUUUUGUCACCUGUCUGACGUACGGCAACAGCUGCGUCAACCCUUUCCUCUACACGCUGCUCACCAGAAACUACAAGGAUUACCUGGCGCACAAAAGCCAGUCCGCAGUGAGCGGCAGCAGGAUCCAGAUGAGCCAAAGCCCGCCCCCUUGGGACUCCCAUUGAAGUCUUGAGGCUCGUGCUGAGAGGAAAAACUCUUCUUACCUCAUCGAGUUCAAUCCCAAGAGUGACAACCAGCAAAAAGAAGUUCCGAAUCUUGCAAAAUGAGUCACUUUUACAUCUAUUUUUUUUGCAAUGUAACAUUAUACUCACAAUUUCUGUGCCGAAAGUCGAAAAAUAUCGCCGAUUAAAUCAGAUUGCUGAAGUCGUGUUUGAGUUUCCCACGUACGUUCUUCUUUGCGGGAAUGUCAUCACGCCGUGCUACAUUCCUCGGCCUCUCCCCACUCUUUGGAG